AAUAACUGUCAAAGUUAAAAGUCAAAGGAUUUUUGAGGUUAAAACGUUAAAAAUUGGUUUAAAUGAUUAAUAAAAAUGACUGAGGCUUGUAGAUUGUGUUUAAACAGUCCUGAAGAAUGUUAUGAAGAUAUGAGUGUGUAUUUAAAUGAUAUUAAUUUUAUUUUACCUGAAUUGGAUGUUAAUUUAACUUCGAACCCGGUAAUCUGUUCAAAAUGUUUAGAUCUGUUAUUAACAGCAGUUAAUUUUAAAAACAAUUGUCUAAAAACGGAAGAAGAACUGAAAGAAAAAGUUAACGAAGCUCUUUCUUGCAAAACAGAUUUUGAAACAAUUAUUAUUGAAUCAAAUUAUGAUUUAUACGAAGAAGUAAAUGACUUGAAACCUAGUAUAGAUAAUUUAAACAUUAAUACAAAUGAUGAAUCUGAUAAAACCAAAUCAUAUUCAAAAUACACAUGUAAAAUUUGUUUCAAACAAUUUUCAAACCGUAUCAAUUUAACUGCUCAUAAAAAACAUGCUUGUGUUGGUUAUGAAUGCCAGAAAUGCAAUAAAAAAUUCUUGUACAAAACAGUUUUAAACAAACAUCUCCGUAAUUGUCAUCAUGAAAAUAACCAAAGAUACUUUGAAUGCAAUGUUUGUGGUGUUCGUAAGAAUUUAAAAUUUCAAUUAACCGAACAUAUGCGUGUUCAUACUGGCGAACGUCCUUAUAAAUGUAAAUUUUGUCCAAAAUCAUUCACACAAAGCAGUUCAGUUACAACUCAUAUCCGUUCGGUUCACUCAAAAGAUCGCCCUUUUAUUUGUGAAAUUUGUGCAAGAGGAUUUCCAGUUCGCGGACAAUACACUUAUCAUAUGCGAAUAGCUCACAGCUUGGAUUAUAAGAGAUUAAUGUGUUCGUAUUGCGGGAAAUGUUUUGUUAUACAAAGUAAGUUAGAUCAACAUUUAAGAAUACAUACCGGAGAAAAACCUUGGUUUUGUCAUAUGUGUAGUAAAAGGUUUGCUACCAAAAGUGAUUUAAAUCGACACUUAGCAGUGCAUAGUGGUGAAAAACGUUAUGAGUGUUUGUUGUGCCAUAAAAAAUUUGCUAGGAAAGGAAAUAGGGAUGUACAUUUUAAAAGUUGUAGUAAAAAAUUGGAUAAUGUUGAUUUGGAUAAUUGAAAAUAAAGAGAAAUUA